AUGCUUUUGCCCUCCAAGAAAGACCUUAAGACCGCUAUGGAGGUCUUUGCUUUCCAGUGGGCCCUCAGUGCCUUCAUUAUCGCAUCCACUGUGCUCCUCGGCAACCUCUACCUGGUGGUGUUCACACCAUACUGGCCUGUCACUGUGCUCAUUCUCACCUGGCUGGCUUUUGACUGGAAGACCCCUGAGCGAGGUGGCCGCCGGUUUACCUGUGUGAGAAAGUGGCGCCUGUGGAAACACUACUGCAAUUACUUCCCUCUCAAGCUUUUGAAGACACAUGAUAUUUCCCCCAGCCACAACUACAUCCUUGCCUGUCACCCUCAUGGGCUCAUGUCCCAUGCAUGCUUUGGUAACUUUGCCACUGACAACGCGGACUUCACCAAGAUAUUUCCUGGCAACCCUUAUAUGCUCACGCUAGGAGCCUUUUUCUGGGUGCCUUUCCUGAGAGAAUAUAUAAUGUCUACAGGGGCCUGCUCUGUGAGCCAAUCAUCCAUGGACUUUCUACUUACCCAGAAGGGCACAGGCAACAUGCUUGUUGUGGUGGUUGGUGGCCUGGCUGAGUGCAGAUACAGCCUGCCAGGCUCUUCCACACUGGUCUUGAAGAACCGGUGUGGCUUUGUGCGCAUGGCCCUUCGGCAUGGGGUGGCUCUAAUCCCUGCCUAUGCAUUUGGAGAGACAGACCUCUAUAAUCAGCAUUUUACUCCUGGAGGCUUUGUCAACCGCUUCCAGAAAUGGUUCCAGCGCAUAGUGCACAUCUACCCUUGUGCUUUCUAUGGGCGUGGCUUCACCAAGAAUUCCUGGGGCCUUUUGCCCUAUGCCCAGCCCGUAACCACCAUUGUUGGGGAGCCUCUACCACUGCCCAAGAUUGAGAACCCGAGCAAGGACAUUGUGGCUAAAUACCACGCACUCUAUAUUGAAGCCCUACGCAAACUGUUCGACCAACAUAAGACCAAGUUUGGCAUCUCAGAGACCCAGGAGCUGGUGGUAGUUUGACAGACAUCCCAGCAGCCUCACAGCUUGGUUGGAAGGUGUGAAACCUGUGAAAACAGGAGGUUGAACGAAAGUCACCUAUUGGGCUCCUGCUCUUGAUUUGACCAGUCCUCAUCAGGGGGAGGGGUUGUCCAUGGGGUUGUUUUCUGUACUGGUCUUUCCACUUCCAUCUUUCUCCUUUUAGCUCUUUGCUUUCCCCUUAGGGCCAUGGGGAGAUAGUCCCAAGAGGCAGGGGUGCCCUAGGGUAGAGGUGCCCUGAAGGCUCUCUCAGAAGGGACAAGAAUUGAGGAAAACAAUGGACAGAAUUAAAAGCCCAUCUUGUGAUAGUAUGUGUGCCCCAAGUGUUCAGAGGGCCCUAGGAUCCCCACUCAAGCCUUUCCUUCUCCAAAUCUCCAAUAGCCUCAUCUGACAUCACCUCUUGCAGGGCCUGGUGCCUUAAGGGUCAGUGGACUUUGAGUUUAGGCUUCACUACCUUCAAGCCAUGUGACUUUGAACCUCGGUUUUAUCUAUAAAAUGGGACCAAUAAUCCCUCCCCUAGCUACCUCAAAGGCUGUUGGGAAGAUCAAAUGAUACUGGAUGUGACUGAACUUUAAAAAUUGGAGAGCUAUACCAGAUUAUUCUCCAAUCAUCUAAUUUCCUGUCCUUGAGCAAACAAUGCCCUCAAUUUCAUGUCAUCUCAAUUUUUGAAAGAAAUUUCAUAGCAUAUGAUCUGCUGUUGAAAGUUUAAGAAACUGAUACCCUCUGCCACUCCUUAUACACUGUUUCCACCUCCUAAAGCUAUAAUAGAAUGGGUCAGGCUCAGGCCUCAUUUCCCAUCUUUCCCCCAGCAACUUGACUAUACUUGCCUAGCCCUAUAACUCGGCACUUUGUUUGAGUACCUGGUUUCCAGUAGCCACAAAGUACUCUCCUUCCGAGUGGUAAUUCUCUCAGACUCUUGGACCAGUGUUUUUUGCAAUGACAGGGUUACACAAUUUGGCCCACGGGGUCCUUGUUCUAUCCCACUUGAGUGGAAUGCCAAUGAUUUACCCACAUUGAAUUUUCGAUUUGGUCUAUAAUACCCUGUAUAUAGUGAAAUAUACUAUCUUUGCCCUGGAUGCCUGCCUCAUGUGAUGAUUUGUACACAGCAUGGCAAAAAUUGCUUCCACUUUUCUGCUGUCUCUGGUACUUCUUGUGCCAGGGAUUACAAGUUCCCUCAGCUCUCAUAAGGUACUUUUGCUUUGUUUUGGUGUUGGGAACGGAACCCAGAACCUUGUGCAUGCUAAGGAUGUGCUCUACCACUGAGCUACACCCCAUGGUGUUCUGAAAUAGUCUCUGGAUUUCCUGUGAUUGGUUACCCUUUCAAAAAAAAAAAACUCUAAGGCAGCCAGAGGACCAGCCUGGGUUCUAACAUCUGACCCAUACA